AUGGAGAUUUUCCAGGACGGCGAACUCGAGGCAGAGAUGACCAGACGGGAGCUGCGGGCCAAUAGUCUCGGAAGCUGGUGGAGGCUCUUCUCGGAAACUUACGAGGAAAUGGUGCAGUCCAUUGCAAGUCCCGUUCGUGCCGCGUACUCGACUCAUGAACUGGGCGAUCCAGUGUUCGAGCUCCAGACGGCCCAGAGCGAGCACCAGUCGUUUGUUCGGGAAGAUUUCGUCCUCGUGAAUGGACGUGGCCAGCAACUCGCUUGCAGUUUCUGGCGCCGCGCUGAAGUGGCGAGUGCUGACCCAAUUGUAGAGGUGGAGAGCUCGAUUGCGUCGUCGACGUCACCGCUAAGUGAGGAAAAGGUGCAGUCGAGUGAGUGCUCGAUGGGCGAAUCGAUGCGAGACAGUCUCAGCACGGAUAGAACGAGCUGCUCGAGCUAUGGCAGUCAACAUCCGCUCGUGGAUGUGGUGGAACCGUGUGUCGUUUAUCUGCACGGCAUGUCCAGCUCGAGAAAAGAGUGCGUGUACUUGCACCGCAGAGUGCUUGCAGCUGGGUUCUCGCUAUUUGCACUGGACUUGUCAGGAUCUGGGCUCUCAGGCGGUGAUCAUGUGUCGUUUGGGUACUUUGAACGCGAUGACGUGCGGGUUGUUGUGGACUACCUCUACGCCACGGGGCGGGCAUCUGCAGUGGGUAUAUGGGGCCGAGACAUUGGAUCAGCGGCAGCGCUGUUGCACGUGAAAGCGCAAAAGCCGUAUUGCUAUACGACGCUGACGGUCUCGAAACGAGAUGCAAGGAGGCUCAGUGUCGUAGAAGACAAAGAGGCCCGUCACAUUCUGUGCAUUCCUACGUUGACAGGACUGCAUUUUCGGCUCAGCAAGUACAGUGCUGCAAGCGGUGACUUUGUCUUGCUCGCGAUUGACAACGUUCCUGUGCAAGGGCUGAGCCCAGCGACGUGCUGGGGCCGUAUUCAGCAGAGCUGCGCGACAAAUGGCGGCAAAGCUCGUUUGCAAGGGUUCAGGAAACGCUCUUCUCGCAGACCUGGAACCGAUGGCUUCAUUUUCGCUCUCGCAGCAGAUAGCGCGUACGGGGACAUGGAGCAAGUCAUUUGGGACAUGCUGCAGAUGAUCUCCACGAGCGCUGAGCGACGCAAUCUGUUCUUUCCAUCUGCAAUGGUCACGGCAGUACAGAAGAUUCUCGCGAGCUCCAUUGGCAAAGCUGGAGGGUUUGACUUUCGCGACGUGCGACUGCUCGAUGCAGCGCCACAGUUCACGCUCCCCUGCGUCUUCAUCAGUGCGUCGAAGAAAGACUUCUUUAUGCCAAAGCACACGCGGCUUCUGUGUGAUCGAUACGGCGGAGCCAAGAGCUACCUGCAAUUCACAGGCCAGAUUGACGACAACCGGCCAGCGGAAGUACUGGAUGCAGCGAUUGAUCACUUUCGCAAGCGGUUUCAACUGCUGAACACGUGA